AUGGAGAUUGAAUUGGAGACGUAUGAAUAUAAUUGUGUAUAUUUAUCUCCCGAGAAUAAUAACAGUUAUUUAUCUAAAUUUUUUGUUGAAAGUAAUAAUCAAGAAAAAUCGACUAGAGACAAUCGAACUUUUCUAGUCAAAAAUUAUGAUGGUCGUUAUCUAUCUGCAUCAGCCCUUGCAAAAAAUUUUAUGGAAAAGAUUGAAGAAACACCUGCAGAAUUCUCAGUAAAAAUUUAUCUCGCUUUAACACUCCGAUGUGGAAGAUACUUCAUCUCAAGUAGAAAUCAAACAUUUUGCUGGAAAAAAGAUGACAAUGACCAUUCAAUAGACGAGUCACUUUCUUCAGAUGACAAUGACCCUUCGAAAAACAACCGUUGUCCUUCGCAACCGGAGAAUGAAGAGGAGGAUUUUGUUGUGCAAUCCACGAAGAAACUUAAAAGCUGGCAUGUAAGUUCGCGCUUCAUAACUUGGAUAGAGAAAUGUGCAAAUAUGAAAGCCAUUUGGCUAGAUAGACUGGAUGAAGCUACACAAAAAUCUCGCAGCAUUAUAGGAGACAUUGUUGAACAACUAAAAGCAAAUAAUGUUAUUGUAACUCCGGAAUUUUUCGGAAGAGCUUCCGAAAAUUUUCCAUCGGAAACAUUUGAAAGAGAAUUUGAUGUCAUGCUUGUUUAUAACGUGAAGGGAACUAUUGAGAAAAUACCAUCUCCUAUUGCCGACCGCUGUUUUAUGAUGGUAAAAUCUGGAGAAAGCAUACCAAUACCAUCAGUAACUGUCGAGGAUGAUCAUAAUCGUUACUUAAAACCAUCCUCUAUGUUGGAGUACUUUAAAGAAAACAUUGAUAUAAGUUGCAGAAAAUAUGAACGAGAGCAUUGGAAUACAAAUACAGAACUUCGUGGCCAAAGCAUUCUAAUGAAAGUCUCAAUACCGCAAGGUGGAGAUGUUCGAUUUUUGGAAUUCUCAAUAGAUAUAUGUCUUACAUUGGAAGUGGAGACUGAUGAAUUUUACGUAUGUAAUCACUAUGAUAAAUUUGGGCGCUUGUUCAUCUGGGGUAAAGAUCUUCAUUUGUGGAGAAAAACUUCCAGCAUUAAUGAAACAAAAGAAAUUUUUAAAUUCACUCCUGAAAAACAGGACCAGAAAAAGAUUUUACAUCAGGAGUUUACUCAAAAUUUACAACUUCUCUACACAGAGCUGGUUAGAAUAAAACUAGUCGUUUUGAAUCUGAGUGCUAAAAGUAUGGGUCCGAGUAUACGAGGGUAG